AUGGCUUUAUCACAGUCUUAUUUUAAAUUACGCAAAGAUUUUGGAAGGCAGCCGAUGUUUUGUAUGGUAAAGCCUGAAAUGUUGGAUAGCAUCCUUCCUGAUACAUCGGAACAAAGGAAAUACUGUUUACGAAAUCCUGUGAAUCAAGAAACACAAGCAACAACUUCGCAGUCUCAACAUGAAAUAAACACAAAUAGAGUAAUUUUGACAGAAACUGGGUCUAACCAUGUAGAAGGUGGAUGGCCAAAAGAAAUCAAUUAUGAAGAUGAAGAACUGACUUCUCGAUAUCGUCGUCGUGUCGAAAGAGAUGAAUCGUAUGUUGACUCUGUUUUGGGACUGACUCCAAAAUUUAAACAUUACAUAGACCAGAAUAAUGCUAUAAAUAUUUAUGAUCUUUUUUACAAAGAUAUGGCUCCGGAGGAUCCUGUUGAAAAGCCCUCAGUUCGAGUUAAUAACAUUUAUAGAGACUCUUCAAAACGACCCAUUUCUAGUAUUGGAUGGACUAGCGAAGACGAUUCAAAACUUGUAGUUUCGUACUGUGAUAAAGCUUUCCCAAUAAACAAAUCUUAUUGGAAUUUUGAUUUAGUAGGUAAUGUAUGGAAUUUGGAAGAUCCUCGUUGUCCAGUUGCUGAAUUCUUACCACCAACAUCAUGUUGGCAACUUGUUUGUUCUCCUGUGGAACCAUCGGUAAUAUUAGGAGGAUUGGAAGAUGGAAGAGUAUGUAUUUUCGAUAUCCGUUCUGGACGGGACCCGAUAGCAAUCAGUCCUGUACAUCUCGCACACAGAGACCCUGUAUCUGCACUUCUGUAUAUAAAUUCGCGCUUGAACAACGAAUUUUUCUCUGGAGCCACUGAUGGCAUGUGUAUGUGGUGGGAUAUCCGAAACUUAUCCCAACCAACCGAAGUUUUGAUAAUGUCUAUUUUUUCCCCAAGUAUUAGCGAAUUCGACCUUAAGAAUGCAGAACCCAUAAGCACGUUGCAAUUUGACAGGUCAUUUCCUACAAGGUUUUUAUGUGGAACAGAUACUGGACUUGUGGUGAACGUAAAUCGCAAAGGAAAAAGUCAUAAAGAAGUAAUGAGUAGUGUAUACUACGCACAUAAUGGCUCCGUUAAAGCUCUACACCGAAAUUUAUCUAUUUUAAAAAUGUUUAUAACUUGUGGCGAUUGGAGGGUAAAUGUUUGGAGUGAUGAAAUAACAACAUGUCCAAUCAUACCUGGGCAGCUACAAAAAUAUCAAAUAAAUGAUGUGAUAUGGGCCCCUCACAGAGCAUCUAGUUAUAUGUCGGUCAGUGCCGACGGAAGAAUGAGAUAUUGGGACUUUUUGCGCAAAUAUCGGGAACCUAUUAUAAAUUUACGGCUAUCUCAGUACCCAUUACUAAAAAUCAAACCUCAUGAAAAUGGGCAUCUUGUAGCUGUUGGAGAUAAAAAGGGUGUGAUGUAUCUUGUGAUGCUUUCUGAAGUUUUAGUUUAUUCUGGAGAUAAAGAUAAACCGAGAAUGGUGCAAACCUAUGAGCGUGAAACAAAAAGGGAGCGUAUUUUAGAGACGAAAAUAAAAGAAAUACGUUUGAAAUUACUAAAAACUGAAGAAGGCGUCGAUGCACCUACAACUGAAGAACUGAGUGAUGAUUUCAGUUCAGUUGAAGCGGAAUAUAAAAGAAUCGUGGAUGCAGAAUUUCGUAAUUUAGGUGGAGGUUCUGUCCGUAAAUUAUCUUCAGAAGGUCUAAAAAAAGCCAAGAUGGAAGUAAGAUUACGUUAG